AAAUAUUAAUGACAUAAACUAUAGAAAAUAUUUUCACUUUCAAAUAAAGUAAGAGUAAAACAAUGCUAGCUAGGCUAAGUCCAUUCCAAACGGAGGCAGGGAAUUUAUAUAUAUAUAAGUAGGUAGUAGUGGUAUUUUCCACUUUGUUUAUCUACAAGCCUCUCUCUACUACUCGAUCAACUCUAACUUUCUUCCUCUUUCUCUCUCACUAUAAACUACACCUGUCUUUCAUUUUCUCUCUGGACAAAACUUUUAAUUAACUUUAAACAGUUUUUAUUUAUAUACCGAAGGAGAAAGAGCUAUAAAAGUAGUGGGAUUUCCUUGUUUGAGAGGGUGAAUUUGAAAGGAAAGAUAUUAAGAUGGGAAGACAACCGUGCUGUGACAAAGUGGGGCUGAAAAAAGGGCCUUGGACAGCCGAAGAGGACAAGAAGCUCAUCAACUUCAUACUCACAAAUGGCCAAUGCUGCUGGAGGGCUGUACCUAAGCUCGCAGGAUUACUAAGGUGUGGAAAAAGUUGUAGGCUGAGAUGGACCAAUUAUCUUCGCCCAGAUUUGAAGAGAGGUCUUUUAUCUGAUUACGAAGAGCAAAUGGUCAUUGAUCUUCAUGCCCAACUAGGCAACCGAUGGUCUAAGAUUGCAUCUCAUCUCCCUGGAAGAACAGACAAUGAGAUUAAAAACCACUGGAAUACUCACAUCAAAAAGAAGUUGAAGAAAAUGGGGAUUGAUCCUCUCACCCACCAGCCACUUUCUUCUACGGUCACAGACCAAUAUUCUCAUGAUGAUGAUCAACAGCAACCUGAGGAAAAGCAAGACAAAACGACGUCGUCGUCUUCAAUUCACUCAUCAUCUAACUCAGUGACGGAACCAAAAGAUGAUGAGUUAGCUGAGAACUACAGCCCGACCAGCACAUUAGUCGUGGUUGAUGAAGAUGGAAUGGAGCUCAUCAAUGACGGAUUUUGCACAGACGAAGUCCCACUCAUGGAGCCUCACGAGAUUAUUAAUGUCGUUUCAUCUUCUUCUGAUGCAACGACGACGACGUCGCAUUCGUAUUCGUCUCCUUCUACUUCUUCUUCCUCUUCGUCUAAUAACUUCCUGGAAGACUUUCAGUUCAUGCCGGAAUUCGAAUGGCCACCAUCUGAGUAUGGGAAUAAUAUUAAUGGAGGGAGUAGUAGUAGUAGUAGUAAUACGACUACUAGCGCCCCGAUGAUUGGAUUGUGGGACGAUUAUUUCAACGGUUGGGAUUUGUUGAUGGAUGAUGUUGACAGAAAGCAGAUGGUUGAUCCUUCUCUCACUCAUCAGGACCCCCAAACUGUUUUGGAUCAGGAUGACUAUUGGCCCUUUGAUCUUUUGUAAAAACAAAAUUUUACUGUUUCUUUUUCCCUCCGUUUUGGUAAUUGCGGAUUUGUUUUGCAAUAAAUUAACAGGAAAAUCCCAUAUGUUUAUCAGCAUUUCACCCAGAAAAUGAUUUUGUAAAUGAGAAUGAGCGACAAAAAUAUACACAAUAUAUUUUUCUUUCA